AUGUCACAAAUGCAGGGCGAUAUAUUAUUAAACAAACGACAAGGAUUUUUCAACUUUAUGUCAUAUACUCUCUUUAAUGAAAGACUCUCUGAAACGGAAACUUUAAUACGUAUCAAUACCAUAGUCGAUGAAUUCCAGUUUAUCUUCACAGACCACGAGCUCCUUAACGCGGCAAAACGUUUCUUCAAAGAAAUCUCAAGCUCCGAAAUAAUUUAUGUUGCUAUGGGUACCUUUAUCCUCGUGGACUUAAUGAAAGACGAUGGAUAUCUUGGAUCGCCUUUCAAUAAAGCUACAUUCAAACAAAUGUCACGAUUUAGUACUAAAGAAAUGGGUACGAUUUUCCAUUCGUAUCAAGUACAUUUAAAUAAAGAUGGUAUCCCGCCUGAUUUGCAAAUUGAAAUCGAAAGAGACUCAUGUGGACAUCCGGCAUCCUUCAUGAUUUUAUUAAAGCUUUUUCACGAUUGUCGGCCAACUACUAAAGGACAGAUCGUUGGGAGAUGGCGCGUAGAUGUUAAUUUAGUUUGUUUUACAAGUUGUAUUAUCCUGCGUGUUUGCAUUGAGGCUCUCUUUCCUGCAGUUCAAGAAUCUUUACCAAAACAUGUUGUUCCAGAAGAUCCUAUUGGGUUACUAGUACUUGGACUAAAAUUUAUCGAUCCCAAUACAAUCAUUGACGAGAGUCCAGAAUCAAGAAGUCCCAUCGGAAAGAACUCUACAGGCAGCACUUUUUCGCGUCCUUAA